UUUAUUGAGAAAAGCAUGGGUGGGCAAUCUGUGCAUGUGCUUAAUGCACUGGAUGUUGCAAAGACACAAUGGUAUCAUUUCACAGCAAUUGUGAUAGCUGGAAUGGGAUUCUUCACCGAUUCUUAUGACCUGUUCUGCAUAUCCCUCGUCACCAAAUUACUUGGCCGCAUAUACUACACUGAAGGCUAUGAUAAACCAGGUUCUCUGCCGGCAAAUGUUUCAGCUGCCAUCAAUGGUGUCGCAUUCUGUGGAUCUCUUGCAGGCCAACUUUUCUUUGGGUGGCUUGGUGACAAGAUGGGAAGGAAGCGUGUGUACGGGAUGACCCUUAUGCUCAUGGUAAUAAGCUCAAUCGCUUCUGGUCUUUCCUUUGGCAAAGACCCUAAAGCUGUCAUGGCUACCCUUUGUUUCUUCCGCUUCUGGCUUGGAUUUGGCAUUGGUGGAGACUACCCUCUUUCCGCCACCAUCAUGGCCGAGUAUGCAAACAAGAAGACUCGUGGAGCAUUCAUAGCUGCUGUUUUUGCCAUGCAAGGUUUUGGAAUUUUGGCUGGUGGCGUGGUUGCAAUAGUAGUAUCAGCUAUUUUCAGUGCCCUCUACCCUUCUCCAACAUUCCAGGUCAACCCAAUUCUGUCCACAGUGCCACAAGCUGAUUAUGUUUGGAGGAUGAUCUUGAUGUUCGGUGCAAUCCCAGCUGUGAUCACAUACUAUUGGCGCAUGAAAAUGCCUGAGACCGCCAGAUACACUGCCUUGGUUGCCAAGAAUACCAAGCAAGCUGCUGCAGAUAUGUCAAAGGUGUUGCAGGUUGAGAUAGAAGCUGAAGCAGAGAAAGUUGAGGAAUUGGAGGGAAGAAGAGAAAGGGGAAAUGAGUUUGGCCUGUUCACAAAACAGUUCCUUCUACGCCAUGGACUUCACCUUGUUGGAACAGCCAGUACUUGGUUCCUGUUGGACAUUGCCUAUUACAGUCAGAAUCUUUUUCAGAAAGACAUUUUCAGUGCUAUUGGUUGGAUUCCUGCAGCAAAAACCAUGAAUGCCAUUGAAGAGGUUUACAAGAUUGCAAGAGCACAGACCCUGAUAGCUCUUUGUAGUACUGUCCCUGGUUACUGGUUCACAGUGGCACUGAUUGAUAGGAUGGGCAGGUUUACGAUCCAGUUGAUGGGGUUUUUCUUUAUGACUGUCUUCAUGCUUGCCUUAGCCAUUCCAUACCACCACUGGACCAUGAGCGGUAACCAAAUUGGGUUUGUUGUCAUAUAUUCAUUGACCUUCUUCUUUGCCAAUUUUGGUCCAAAUGCCACAACAUUUGUGGUGCCAGCUGAGAUUUUCCCUGCAAGGCUGAGGUCAACAUGUCAUGGCAUAUCAGCUGCAGCUGGCAAAGCUGGGGCAAUGGUAGGCGCUUUUGGCUUCCUCUAUGCUCAAAACGCCAUUGGACUCAGGAAUACACUUAUUAUUUUGUCUGCCAUUAACUUCUUCGGCUUUCUCUUUACCUUUCUCAUUCCUGAAUCUAAAGGCAAAUCGUUGGAGGAGAUGUCUGGUGAAGCUGAACAAAACGAUACUCCCGCAACAGCAUCACCGAUGGAAGCCGGUCUUGAAGUCAGAACAUCUGUCUAA